CAAAAUUUCGAACAAAGCAUUCAAGAGUGUCGUUAGAUUACACCGGAUUUUUUAAAAAUUCAAGAAUUGAUCCGUACGAAAACACUGUGAUCAUGUAAAUCGUAUCGAUUAGAUAUUUUUACCAAUUGUUAUUGCCUGAUCGUCGUUAUUUUUAUUAUACCAGCGACUCUUUCAGAACCAUAUCUUCGAGCGCUUUUCACAGAAUACCAUAUCGGACGAGGACCUUCAUACGUAGACGUGAGGAUUAAUAUUGGUAUAGAUGACGCGAUAUGUGCUCGGAAUGUUAUACUUGGGUAUGCGAAUCGCGGUGUUGAGCGUCAAGAUGAACGUGGCCAAUUUUGCUUAAAUUCGCUUCAACUCUAGGCAAUGAGCUCAUAUAGAGGUAUUAUGCAGCGUACCAGUUCCACCGCUUGCAGAAUGCUUAAAGUUUCCCCGGCAAGUAGAUUACAAUCUCAUAGUGGCGGUAAAUAGGCGAAGUUAUGAAUACAUGGACGCAUACACAUAUACGUACGGGGGAGCGUGACAGCUAUUAUCAAAGUUGAACGGCAUCGUCGAGUUCGUCUUACUCUUAGUUAGUAUAGUUACAUCAGAAGUUACGGGUGACAGUCGAGUCUCACGAAGCUCCAAACAUAGUUAGAAUUUCCAACACGCUGAAAGGAUUUCGAGUCACACCGAAUACAACGACCCAAUUUAGUAACGUGGUGCGAAUUCUUGUGUCCUUCGAUUGUAUUUUGACUGCGCAUGCAUUAGAUGGCAUAUUCUGUUUUCAUUUGAAAAAGAAAUCGGCAGCGUGCGAAAUUCGGGAGUGAAACUUAAGUGGUGUGUGAUAAAAUUGUUCGGUGUAAGUUUCUCGACAACGUUAAACGUCUUAUUUUGGUGCACGAUACAAGGAAUUAUAAAACUGAAGUAGUAGCUGCAGAAGAACCAAAAUCUUCAUCUGGAUCGGAUCGUUUACAGAAAUCUUGUUUCUCACCGUGUCUUCCGUUCUCCACGUGUCUGUGCAGCGUUGUGUGAAAGAGGAAAAAUUUCUAUCCAAUCAAUAAAAUCGUGUUACGGAUUCUCUUCAAAGAAAAUCGAGACCGACUACUGUACGUUAUUGGAUUGAUCGUAUACGAUAUAAAUGAGAAAUCUAGAACCUUUGUGACUAAACGAAAAAUUUGUGAAAGAACAAAAAUCGAUAAUAAGUACAAGCGUGGUACACACGUACGUCCAUAAAAAUAAAUUGACACCGGUGCGUGGAGCGACGCUGUGUGUGGGUAAAUAAAAAAAGAGAGCGUGAGGUGCCUGUCUGCUAACGUGUAGGAGCGUUGUUUUUUGAAGGCGACAAGUAAAAAGGAGAAAAGCCAGAAAAUCUACCGGGCUUGACAUCUGGUUGAAUUUCAAGUGGAACAAAUAAAAUGUAAAAGACAAAAAAUAAUGUUUUUUCAUCCCAGCGUGCGCCAACCCGAUUUCAAUUUAAAGCAGCAAUAUACAUAAGGACUCGACAAAAAAGAGAUAAAAGUUAAACAAACUGCUAAACAACAACAACAACAACAACAACAACAACAACAACGAAAGCGAUAAAAACAAAAAUAAUUAAACCGUAAAGAGUGUGAGGGUAGAGAAUGUCCUGAGCCGAGGCUUGUCGUGAUGGGUCGCUCGGUCCCGCAGAAUCGAGUGACUCUUCGAGGAAGAGGAUCGUCGGAGAGCUUCAGGAAAAAAAGUGAAAAAAUUGAAACGGAUUAAUAGAAGGGCCUCGUGACGGAGGCGCUUCGCACAUCCCUGAUGGCGCGGCUGCGGCGCCGCUCGGGUAGUUCGCUGCCCGACACCCCAAAUCCACCCUCAACCCCGGAACACAAAACAGACGAAGGUUCGGAUAACCGAGACUCCCCGCGUAAGUUUUGUGGAUCCAGGGGCAGCGGAGGUGGCAGUGGAAACGGGAGUGGGGCUAAUUCGAGAGGGUCGCAGUCGUCGCCGUCGCGCAACCAUCAAAGUGUUGUGGCUAACGCAUUAGACGGAGCGGCUUCCGCUUUUCAGAGGAGACUUUACUUCAGAACAGCCGGAGGGAGUCGCAGCUGCACUCGCACCGUUCCCAAAGUUGUCGUCAUGGGGAGCAGCACCGCUUCGGAAACCACCAUAAACACGAGCACCGACAGUGCGAACACCAUGGUCACCCUGAUAACAACAACGGACGGCGAACAGGCUGAUGACAGCUUAGACUACCUGGACGGAGCUCCGGAGUUAUCUCCUCCCCCAGUGACCGCACCCACCCCCAAGUCGCAAUCUCAAUCCCAAUCCCAGUCCCAGGUCCUUCAGCAAGAGUCUGAUCCUCCCUAUACAGCCUACGCGCGCGCCAAUCAUUCAGUUAGCACAACAAAUUUACACGAUGUCCAAAUCGCACCCGUGCCGCCCCCGGUAUCCCUUACUACCAAUAAUCAAACCCAAAACUCUAAUAGUUUGACGGAGAGCCCGAAGGCACCACCGCCCACCCCCCUUGUAGGAUCGCAACAGGAGUCCAGGUUCACCUUCGUCAGUGGUCGGACACCCCCGUUGCCCGAUCUUAGAGUAACGGACUUUUUUAGUACACCGGUGAGAGGAUCGGUCGACGCUGGACAGCCUGACCCGAAUCAGAUCAACUCGCUGCUGUCGUUGGUCGCUGCGAAUGAGAGAAAAAAUUCUACUACCUCCGUUAAUAGCGCCAUGAAAAAUUCGCAACGCGUAAAAGGCGAGAAAAACUGCAGUGAAUUUACAGGAAAGGGGAACCAGAAGGCGGCGAAAGCUAAUAUCAACGUCACAACAAAUCCCUUAGACAUUUCACUGUGCGGUGGUGGGCAAACGGCAUCUUGCGCUCAGGGAUCAACCGGAAGUAGAACCAGGAGCAGAACGCCAGGCGGAAGUGGCGGUACCAACAAGAGGACCACUCAAGCUACCAUUGUUGUUCAACAGCCAUCUCUGUCGCUGGACGCACCAGCGUCGACGAUACUCCUAAGACCCGACGCCGAUGCCAGGCGUCGCGAAGACAACAUUCGUCAGCUACUCGACGUCGCCAACACGUUCACGAAGCAGGAAAUCCACGAUUUCGAAAGGCGGUAUGGAAGUCCGCAUCACAGCAGGUCGCAAUCCGUAAAAACACCAGGUAGCCGGGCUUCUGGGCGUCCGAAUUACUUGUGCCUACCUCAGCAACGUUCCCGCGUAGCUAGUAUGCCGAAUACAGGUCACGAGGAGGAAUACUACAGACUGAGGCACUUCAGCAUCACUGUAAAAGGCAUCGUCAAUAGAGGAGACUCCCUUAAAAGCCGAAGAUCGCGCUCCAACAAUAGCGUCGCGUCCAGUAAUUCGAGCACGGAACAUUUGACGGCGUCUUAUGCCGGCUCAGCGCGAACUUCAGCGGCUGGAUCUCUGGCAAGCUCACGUGAAAGCAGCGCUUCCCAAGGACCGGCACCGUACAGUGUUCUCAUGUUGGGAGCCCCUGCUGUAGGGAAGAGUUCUUUAGUGUCAAAAUUUAUGUCCUCAGAGGACGAGGACUACGAUACGUCCGUCGACGAUGAAUCCGGUGAAAAAACUGUCAGCGUUCUUCUGGAAGGUGAGGAAUCGGAGCUGACCUUCAUCGAUCAAUCCUCCGCUGACAUGACCCCCGAGGAAUGCAUAGCCACCUACGAUCCUCACGCUUACUGCGUCGUUUAUUCAACAAUAGACAGCAGCUCGGUUGAAGUGGCGGAGAAAGUUUUGCAAACCCUAUGGCGAAGUGACCACGUCUCUUCGAAGGCCGUUAUCCUGGUUGGAAAUAAGGUUGACCUCGUGAGGGGUACGCUCGUCUCGGCCGAGGAUGGAAAAUCCAUGGCGACCUCGUACGACUGCAAGUUCAUAGAGACUUCGGUUGUCAUCAAUCACAAGGUCGACGAACUACUGGUAGGCCUUCUAUCUCAGAUACGUCUGAAAUUGGAAAAUCCCGAACACGCGCGUGAUAUAUUUUCGAAAAGAUCGCGUAAGAAUCGCAAUAGGUCGCCGCUUGGUUCGAGCUCCGAGAAUAAUUCGCCAAAAAAAUACAGGGGUAGCAGAACUAGCGCUAGUUUGAAGGUCAGAACACUUUUGGGAAAAGUAUGGGCGCGUGAUAGUAAAUCAAAAAGCUGCGAGAACCUACACGUAUUGUAGAGAAGACUGAAAAUCAUAUAUUAUUUGAUUUAUAAGAAGAGAACAAAUUAUUAUAAAAAAAAAAAAAUGAUUAUGAUGGUCAGUGGCUAUAAAUAUAUACGUAUGGUAUUCUGAUAAAUGUGCGGGAUCUGCAGACGGAAGUCUUUUUUCAUAAAUAGAACAAAUCAUCCCUAUAACGAACCAUGACGGAACGUAUUCUAUUUUUCAACUGUCGAUCGAACGGUUGUCGCCGGUUGUUGCCAUGGAAGGAUGGGGGGGAGAAGAGAUACAUUAAUCUGCUGAAUCCUUGACAAUUGACAAUUAUCCCAAAAGAUCUCUGUACCUUUACCAUACGCUUGUCUAACAAUAAGGAAAGCCAACGUUUGAUCCCGUGAAUCGCGACGUCUUUGACGAGGACAAUAUGAAUCUAAUUAUCAAUCAAAGGAGAGCAAUCGUAUUCAAUAUCACGAAUGAACAACAUGUAUUGGUUAAGUAAUACCGCGACAACAAGUGACGGAAAAAAAGUAAACGUUGAAAUGAAAAAGAAAGCUGCACGAUGCCCAAACGCUGCACGAAAAUUAUUCCUGCGGUAUUUUUCAAUUCGAAUCACAGACAUUUGAAUAUGAUAUAUAUACAUACGCUUAAAUUAGGUGACCCUGAGGUAAUUAUUAACAAAUUGGUAAUUUAUCAAUGUCUAAAAUUUAUUGAGACUGUUACACGGAGCGAUGCAUUUAUACGUACAUGAGACGCGAAAACCGCCUUUUGAGAACGGAAUUCAUCCGGUCGGAUCAAGAAUUUAUUCGCAGUGAAUUUUUUUCUUCCUAUUUGAUUCAAGAAUCAAACAGCGUCGACGAAUUUCACGUAUGCAUAUUACGAUCUUAUUCGAUAUUACACAUGAGCAGAGCGGAGGUGCGAAUUGCGUUUUUUCACUGAAAUCCAGAGUUCCGUGAAACAAAUCCUAUAUAUUAUACACCCCCAUUAAAAAUAAAAUUAGAGAACUUUUACAAUCCAACAUUUAACCAAACAUGAAUUUACACAAUUUUUUACAUUACAAUUUUUGUACUUUGACGGAAUAAUAAUUUAUUAAGACUAUAAGCGAGAAGAGAUAUAAACUAUAUAAACGGCUAAUGCGUAUUAUAUAUAUAAUAUUAUAGUACUACGUACACACAUGAAGUAUAUAUCCAAACGAGUUUUAGCGAUAUAUAUAUAUAUAUACAUAUAUACAUGAAAUAAAUAGAUGAUUUAAAAAGAAAAGAAAAAAGCAAUUUUACAUGAAUACUACAUUCGGUGCGUGUAUAUGCGGUCCAUUAGUUGAUAAGUGAAGGGAUAUAUUACAUAAUAGUGAAAAAUUGUCAUGGUGACAUCAUUUAAAUAAUUUGACGGAUGAUGAUAUUUUAAGGUCAUUCUUUGCCGUAUAGAAAAUAUGUGUCUGCGCCAUCGCUUUUCAAAUUUCAAUAGCUACAGAAUUUAUUCGAUAUAUUUCACGAUCUAUUUGUUAGCCUAGAAUCAAUGUUUACUUUAAGAAACAAAUCCAAAAUUUACACCGUGGGUUCCUUCCCAAAUUUCAGCGACUCUCAUUGCCAGUCAGUCUGCAUAGCUGUCGAUGGAUAAAAACUUUUCACAUUUUUUACUAGGGUCAUCAAUCUUACCGCAAAACUUUCUACAGUUUCCAUAUUCGAUCCGCAGUUGCGUGCAAUCGUACGAAAAAUUAAACAUCAAACUCACCUAAAAUCUGUGCUUACAAUGUCGAUAAAAAAAAGAAAAAAAGAAAAAAACAGCCACAAAGAAUAGUGUUGUUCGAAUGUAAAAAAUGGACGUGAAAUUCAACUGACAAAUAGUGAUCGAUAAGCUCUGCCACAUCAGUUUCGUCUGGCUUUACCAAAAAUACGAUUUAAUCAUAAUUUCGGAUGAUCAAUUGUGCAAAAAAUUUGCCUUAAUGAGAACAAUUAAUGAUAGCAGUACGAUUCGUAAAACUGUAAAAAUGAAACACUUCGCGCGAAAUUUCAUUAUAAUUACGACAGUGCGAUGAUACUGCCAUGUCAAGUAAUUAGUAUUCCUCGACCGAUCAUUCGCAAUAAUUAUCCAAUCCCAAAUAAUUUUUCUGUACGAAUAAAGUGAAAGGAAAAAAAUCAGAAUCGUAGAAAAAGCUGGUGUUUCUUCAGACUUUCGUUUCGGUAAAAUUCAAGGGUUAUUUUAUUUUCUCGUUUACCGUAUUCAUUUGUUUCUCUGUAUUUAUUUUUCCUCGACAUAAAUAGCUUGAAUUUUUGUACGCAAGUAUUAUUCGUGUAUACGUAUUGCAAAAUACGGAGGAUUACGAAAUGCACAGAACUAUACUCGUAUGCAUGUGAAAUAUGUAUUCGAACAACGUGGGGGAAGGGAAAUUUUUUACCUUUACCAAAUGCUAGACGUAUGAAUAGCUUUUGGGCAGUUCGUGGGUAGCUUCGCCCUCGUCCGUACGUUUCUUUUUUCGCUCUUUUUUGCGUCAAUCUCUUUUAUCAUUUCACCAAGAAAAUCCGAGGUGGCGAGACAAAAGAAACGAACACAGUUGUACACGUUGAAUUCAUUAACGUAACCCGUUAUACAUAUGAGAAUACUAAAGGAUGAAGAAUGAAAUUACAGACAAUAACUUCAUCUCGAAGUUCGCGUCACUGAAAUUACAUAUAUUAUUGUACCAUUCAAAUGAAAUCAUGUGUUACAAUGUACACAAACCUCAUUCAUAACUGGCAUAGUUAGACACUACACGAUAUAAUUGAGGUUGGCGUCAAAUAUCCCUAGGGGAAUUUACAGCAGCGCAACGGCAGAGGUGGGGGUCCGGCGCCACUUGACCCGCAUCCAUCGUACGUAAAUUCCACUAGGGAUAUUUCGCGCCAACCUAAAACUACUGUCUAACUACGCCAGUUAUGAAUGAGGGUUGUGUACGUAUGUUUGCUUUACAUCAGAUCGUGAGACAUAAGAAUUUAUCCAAAAGAACAAACGACGUGAUAUAGUUGGUGAUGUUAUCGUUUGAACUGAAAUUGCUCCGGUUAUGUGCGGUACGGGAUUGUAAUGUAUUUUCGCCCAAGUAUUUUCGAAAGACUUUUUUUUCAUGGUAUUUUUUGCUUCGUUUCAUCGUUCGUAUAUUUUUUAAAUUUUCUCGUUUCAUCCGUGCAAAAAAAAAAAAACAGAAAUUUACAAGAGACUCGCUUAUUAUAUCACUUUAAAAAAGUCUCCGUGCAGGGUGCUCGUCGUUAUCCAGGUAGCCUGCAGAGACAUGUAUAUAGUCUUAAAAAUUUCUACAAUAUAAAAAUAAACGGCGGAGUUUAUACAAAGCAAAUAUACAAGCUCGUUAUAAUUCGUUUGAAUUCGUGCGAUUUGAAACGGUUCGUUUAACACCCGUUAAAACCCAACACUUGAAAUAUUCUCAUUGCGUGAAAUGCGAAAGGUUGUAUUUUUCAACCUAGAUAUAAUCAACCCCCCAGCUGCACGUUCAAUAUAAUGUACUUACGUUUUCACAUGUAACGACUUUUUUUUAUACAAUAACCUUUACCCCAGUUUCAAAAAAUGUAUACCUACCUAUAACAACUCACAAUAAAUUUAAUGUUUAAUUGCAGACAAGGAAACUUUCUAUUGUAGUUGGUAGCAAAAUAUUUUUUUAUAAUUAAUUAUUCACACGAGGAUGGAGGAAAUGAAUUUUGGAAAUGGAAAAUAAUUUUUUAAUGCCCGAUCGGAUGUAACGUGAGAACCUAGUACAUCGGUGACGACCUUUCAGUUUUUUUUUUCUUCUUUUUUCGACCUUACAGUCUCUGCUAUAGACUGUCUCUGCAUCGUACCCGUCUCCUGACUUCUUUCUUAACAAAGAACGACUCCAUUUUAGGCAAACUCUUUGUACCGCGAUUCACGGUGGAAAGCACUUCGUGCCAGACCCAGAAAAAUCAGUAAAAGCCUUGGGUGGAACGUAUAUCUCUGCAGCUGGUGAAUAAAAUAUAGACGCUGUAUGCGCGCGUAUUGCGUGCGCGUUUUUAUCAUACGAAAAAGGUAUACAUAUUACAUACGUGCUCACUUAUACAUAGGUAUACGUGGGAUUCAUUUGAAAGGAAGUUCACCUGGAUACGAAAGGGUUAGAGAGGGAAAACUAGGUUUCUGGGCGAAGGCGUGUAAUCGGCUUGAUCGUUCGUUGAUUAAUGUCUUAAAAUUCUUGACUUAUCUGCGAUAAGUUUUGGCUUUGGAAUUUUCACCACUCUUUUGCGGGCACGUUAUGCGUCGAUAUAUAGGUAGGUAUAUGCAGAGUGGAACGAGAUGUAGGAAAGUGAAGGUCUCGCAGAAAAUUAAUUGUUGCACCCCUCCAAAUUGAAGUCACAAAUAAAAUGAUAUUUUCGCGUGUACUACGAGAGACCUUGGAUCUAUUUGAGGAGGUAUAUAUGAAUUUCUGCACUCCAUAUGUAAAUGAACGUUCGGAGGGUAAUGCGGUUGGUCAUCUGCGUCUGUCCGUCCGGACCACCUGUUGUCGUAUCGUAUAAUUGCACCCAGAUCGGACAUAUGGAGAAACACCUCGGUCUUCGCUACAAUGAAAUCUCGCCCCGCCAGGAAUAUAAAUUCGAGCUCGAUUUGUUCAUCUGUCAAUCUAUGACGUUUUCAUUCCUUAACCGCCUGCAGAUGAUAUAUCGGUAUGAAACGCUAACAUACCAAAUAUAUACACGUGAAUAUAAGUGUAAGCUGGUAACGCAGCUUCAGCGUAUUACUGCACAAGGAGGGCAAUAAAUAUAAAUCGAACCUCGUAUACAAAAAAUGCUUUUAAGCAGAACUUCGAAUACAUCUAGAAGUCUGCGGGAGCGGUCGAAUUUUGUUAGAGGAUCAGGUAAAAGCGAAUUUCAAUCAGCAAAAAGAUUUGCCCCGAGGCUUUGCGCGUACGGGUUUGCUGCCGCGGUCAAUCCAAUUCCAUGAGCGCCGUAGUUUUUUUUUUUUUUUAUUUCUCCUGUGUCAAUAGUCAGAACCAACAAAUACUUACGUAGAAUGUACUAAUUACAUGACUCAAUCAGAUGGCCGUGCGAAACUGAUCGUGUUCUAUGAAAGUUAAUCGAAAUUAUGACGUCGGCUGCCCUCAUUCCCGACGACUGUACGUGAAAACACGGACGUUCCGUCCCAAUUUCCGCUAUAUAAUCAUCCCAACUGUUCCAGUAUAAGGUUUCUGCUAGCUACCGGGCAUUUGUGAGGCCGCUUUGAACUUUGAACUGUCAUAAACCUUAAGUGUUCAGAUCUGCGAGAUCUUAAUAAAUUAUUUUAUCUUGACCGAAAAAAUUGCCGAAUUUUAGUCGAAUCGUCAUCGCGACGGUCAAACCCUUCGUUUGAAACAGGUCACCCUAUUAUACCCAGAGGUCCUUGAAAAAAACUUGUCCACAUAAUUUUUUCAAAUACCACUUGUACCACUUUGCGAGUGUAUGUACAGCCGAAAAAAUGCUUCCCAAACUUUUUUACUCAACUUAUAUAACUAGGGACAGCCUCGUUUAACUUGCAAAAAGAAAAAAUCACGCUUCGUCUCUAUUUAUUUUAACCUUUACUUGUCUUUUUUCUUCCUUCGUUCGGAAUAAGAAUAGUAACAAUAAAUUGGGAAAACUUUUUUAUGUAGGCAUACGGCACAUUUUUCAGGGGCUCUAUUACACGUACAUAAGUAUGAGAGAAAGUCUGCUGAGAUCAUGAUAAAAAUAUGCAUAUAAGUUAGCUGCUGAACAACAUUGACGAUCC